AUGACGCCUAACAAUCCAACGGGUUUGCAGAAUCCCUCCACUGCUGCAAUUGUAGCAGAUGCCGCCAAACAGAAGCAGCAGCAGCAAAUGGGACCCAAGAAUCCACAAAUGCAGCAGCCCCAGCUGCAGCACCAUACCGAACGGUCAGUGUGUGGGGCAGGUGGAGCUACUGACAAUCUUUUGUGUUCAUUUGAUGUCUUCGCCUUCAAUGCGCCGAAGACCCCCCAAAGGAUUACCCCACAAAAGCCAGCAAAAAGAGUCGUCGCAAUCCACAGGAGCAGCACUCCUCUGGCCACAAGAAGCGUCUGCAGCCGUUCGAGCAGCACCAGCAGCACCGUAGAGGGCGGCGGCAGCACAGUCGCCAUGUGCCAGCAUGGUAGUAGAAACCGCACCAGCACUACCGGUGGCUGCAGUAGCGGCAACAAAAGCGGCUUGGAGAGUGCGACCGAGUUGCAGAGGGAAUCGGAGUUGAGUCCUGGGGUCCGGGUGUCUCUCGAGUGGUUGGAGGAGGCGGAAAGAAGGCGAGGGUUGAGCAGUACAGAAGUUGCUGCUGCCUUCAGGUGUCCCCUCUGCCACCAAUUCAGCAUGACCUUCCGUUCGGGCCGUUACGGCAUGUUUUUGGGGUGCUCGCGGUACCCGGAGUGUCGGGGUAAAGUGAGUGGUUCAAAAGUAGAGAGGUGGCGGUCCUGCACAGGAAACAGCAGCAGCAGCAGCGGCAUCCGUGUCUUCUGUGAGCUUGAGGCUCCACAUGCCUUCAGACUACAUGCAGCUGGCUGUACAGACACUGGUAUGAUGCUGGCAGACGCUCUACCCCGCAUCAUUCAAACGGCUGCAAAGGUCUAUGCUAGAGAGCAGCAGGGAUGCCAGGAGGGCAAGCAACAACAGGAGGAUAACUUCAGAAUUCCAGACUUCCUGCGGCCUCUUUCUUGGUUGCCGCGGAGCGAUCGCAUCAAGUCAGAUGAGUCGCUGCUGAGGCAAUUCAGCGAUGCUGCUAUGGCGCAUGCCGUUAGUGUUCAGUGCACCGCUGUGUGUGGACUAGAGGAAGCAGAAGCAGCUGCUGCUGGUACUAAGGCUGCUUAUGUGGGUGAUGCUGAUGCUCGAACUGCGGGAUCUACUGGUGGUGGCACUGGUGCAGAAGCAAAAGUCCCCGCGGAUACUUCUGGGGUUGCUGCUGCAGGAAGCGUGUUUGAGCUAGAGCGCGCUGCAACUCGGAGGCGUUUGCGUUUUGUAGAUUGGUCAAAGGGGUCUCUGCAGGCGCCUGCAGACGGGCUGAAGUACAACGAUGGUUGUGUCUUUUCUUUGGCAGCUUAUCCGUUUGUCUUACAGGCGGUGGCCUCUGUUUGUGGCUGGGCAGCCAUAACUCCCAUCCCCUCUCUCACCCUCCGUUUUUUUAAGGAGGUCUGGGGGUCGGGAAGAUUUCUCAUCACUUCAAAGGAAAGAGCGCUGGACGUUGCCUGGUGGCUGCUGCCUUCUCGUUUGCGGCAGCAUCUGCUGCCUUUCCAGUGGGAAGGUCUCGCCUACGCGUUGCAACGGGGAGGUCGUGCGAUAAUAGGCGAUGAAAUGGGGCUUGGGAAGACAGUGCAGGCAAUUGCAUGUAUUGCAGUGUACCGCCAGUUCCCGUGCCUUAUAGUUGUACCUGCGUCCAUGCGCUUAGCCUGGGCCGACGCGCUGGAGGAGUGGCUUCCGGAAUACAGCGGGCCACCGAGUUUGCGGGUUUUGUUUGCCAGUGGGGAUCGCCCAGCUCCAGGGGAGCAACAUUUGAUCUGUUUGUCUUCUUUUGAGAUGGCAGCCAGGCUAUACGACACCCUCAAGGCUACGCAGUACAAGUUUGUGAUUGUGGACGAGGCCCACAAGCUCAGAGGCCCUGCAAUUCCACGGCCUGCGCCCUACACGGCCUCAGAAGCAGCAGCAGCAUUAACGGCCACACAGGAAACUGCAACAGAAACAACAACACUUCCACACAGUGUAGAAGGUGAUAGUGCCCUUGCUGCCACGUCGUCUCCUGGCGUUGAUCCCAGCAGCGAGUCCGUAUAUUUUCCAAAUUCCCCGCAACCCCAGAAGCACUGCCAGCAACCACAAAAGCGUUUUUCCCGACAGCAGAGGAAAUGUAGGCUGCCGGACAGCGGCCAGGAGGUGAACAAGAAGGUACUAGACCUCGUGAAAGGCAGCCGUCACGCGCUGCUCCUUUCAGGCACUCCUUCUGUGAAGCUUCCGGCGGACCUGUUUCCGCUAGUAGAUGCUCUGCUGCCGCCAUUAGAGCAGGUGACAUUAGCGGAAAGGAGGCAGCAACAGCUGCAGCAGUGGAGGGCACUUGAACUGGCAGCUGCUGCGGCAGCGGUGCCCCCUGGUGUUGCUGGUGCUGCUCCAAUUUUGGAGGCGGACCUAUCGGGGGACGGAUGGACAGAAGCAGAACAAACAAAGGGUGUUUUCUCCGGUAGUGGAAUUGUCCGGUCUCCGUGGUCGGAGGGAACAACGGCGUGGAGAACAGCUUCAGCAGCAGCACGAGCAGCAGCAAAGUUCGCAGGGGCUGCACCUGAGGCUUUUGGAGAGCCUUUCGGCACAGGUGUCUGCCCCGACCAUCAACCACGCGACAAGGACUGUUUGGGUUCGUUUGCAAACGGGGGGCAGGCUCGGCAACGCGUUGGCAAUAUACUAAGAGAGGAACGACUGCAGUUUGCUGAAGAGUACUGCUGUUCUUCGCGAGCCUUUGGCUCAUGGAGAAGAUUUGGGGCUUCUCUCCGAAGUUGGGAGCUGCACUUGCUCCUUACGCGAGCCGUCCUCCACAAACAACAACAGGUUGAAGUGGAAACGGAGCCUUCCCACGCGCCGGUUGGGGACCACGAAGCUGCAAAUGCGCCCAUGGGGGCCAAAGAAGCCCCUUCGAAGGGGCUUUCAUCGAAUUUGAAGCCAGCCGCUCCACCAGCUAAGCCUGAGGAUGCCUUGGCAGCAGUCUCCUUGUCGGCUCUUGAGGGUCCGCGCUUCUCGGUGCAGGAAGUGGAACACCUUGUGGAGGGACUGCCUUGGGCUUCCCACGUCCCGGGGGACGGUGACGCUCUCGUGCUACCUCCAUGCACGCGAAUUGUGCAGCUGCUGCUGCUCCACUGCAACAACAAACUGCUAACUGCCAUGGGAGAAGGCUUGGUGCUACGAAAACCGGCGUACCGCUCAUUGCUUCGAGAAGUGGAAAGGGCUGAUGCAGGCUCCUCAGACGGCAGCAGCGGCGACAGCGAGUUUGGCUUCGGCAUGCAGGGGCCCUGCGUAUCCUCUGAUAUAGCGGCGGUUGCUUCCCACUUGACACGGCGGCCUCCCGCAACUCCAGCUGAACGCGCGGGCCUCUGCAAAGUUUUGUCCGCUGCGGAUUGGCUGCACGAGAAGUUCUUGAGAGACGCAUCUGCCUCACCCUGGCCCGACGACGACACGGAAGACGCACCCCCUAAAGUCGUGGUCUUCGCUCACCACCGGCGAGUAUUAGAUGCUUUGGCAGCUCGUCUCCGGGAACUACGGUUUGGGUGUAUGAACUCCACGGGACACGCACGUACGGGCGGGAGUCGUAGACGCCAGGGUUUCGUGCGCAUUGAUGGUACUGUGCCUGAGGAGGAGAGGAGGAGGCGCCGCCGCCUCUUUCUUAACGAUCCUGCAUGCACGCUGGCACUUAUUUCCAUCACUGCUUCUUCUCACGGGUUGGAUUUUUCUGGAGCGUCUGUUUGUAUCUUCCUGGAGUUGCUUCCGCAGCAGCAUGAGCUCUUGCAGGCAGAGUCGCGGCUGCACCGUCGGGGUCAGCGGCGGGUAGUGACAACAUAUUUCCUUCUAAGCCGUUGUGGCCCCUCUUCAGCAGCUUCGGGAAGUGUCUUUUCUCACGAAUCUGGCUACAGUUCUAGCCCCGCCUCUGGGGACAGUGUAGGAGGACCCGUAGAGGCCGAGGGGGAACAUCUGCAGGCAAGCACCACAUCCGCAGAGGGGGGAGAGAACCUUAUGUUGAGCCGUUAUUCCUGCAGCCCCCUUAGCUGUAGCGCAAGCAGCCACAAGGCCUCGCCAGCAUGUCUCGAAAUAGUGGGAAGAGCAUCCAGCUGCAGAAAGUUUCGGAGAGAACUGAGGAAGUGCUGCAUGCAGCUCCUUCACGAAGCUGAGACGGUCGAAGAAGCUGCCUGGCGCAGAAUCAAGCAUCAGUCUGCUCUGGUGCAGCGCACUAUAGAUGGACCACUCGCCUACCUGUCACAUAUUGGUGAGGCCCAUCCUCAGGAGGAGGAAAGACAGGGACAGUUGAAACAACAGCAAGAAGCGAGCAUGAUCAGCCAAGAACACGAUGACGAAUGGUGUGGGGUUGGCGACGGUAGCCAGCAAGGUCAACUGCAGCAACAGCGGCAGCAACGUCAGGAGGGCCAUUCAGCGGGUGCAAACACAAAUUGUCUGGGUGCGUGGAGCUGGAAUAACCUGCAAGAUCCACCAUAUCGUAUGAAAUCACCAACAGCAGCUGCCGGAAGUGGUGAAUGUGAGAGGCAUCCUUACACCGCCGUACUGCAAUCACUUCAGUGGCAACUACGGCCCACCUUGGGGCAAUCUUUGAAGCCCAUGAAGCAGCGUUCGACAUUCUCUGAAGGCCUUCGGUUUCGCAUUUCACGGUACACCCAUCGCGUGCAUGUGUUCCGAGGUGUUGCGGCUACCCCACUAGGCAUAUCCUUUACUCCAGCGGAGCUGGGGACAGCUAACACGCCAUACGCCUUUGUGGAGCACCCCAAGCGAAAGGAGGAUCAGCAUGGAGAAGGACCGCGGCAGCCACUGCCGCGGCAGCCGCUGUUGCUACAUCCACAGACCGGUCAAGGUCAGUACCCCGAAGGGGAAUUGGCGCGAUACAUUCAGGAAGCGGCCCGGCAGUACUUGAACCUUUUCCGGUUACUGUCGUCUUUUGAGCAGCGCCGAGUUAGGGAGACUGCAUGGACGGUACAGAACCUUGAGGUGUACCUGCACCGACGCCAUCGCACACAGCAAAACAGCGGGAAAGUAGACCCUUUGGUAGGUUCUGACCUUCCUGUGGAUCAAUGCCCAAGGCGACGGUCUACUCAAGAGCACCAGGAGACAGGUAAAGCAACUACAGUGGUGCCACGCCACACUACGGACCCCCUCCUGCUUUUACAGUCAGCAGCAGCAACCCAGCUGCAGCAACAGGGACAGCGACGGGCCCCCUGUCUUGAAGGGAAGAUGGCUUCUGGAGAACUGCAUUUGGGAGCUCUCCCGCUUUGUAUGAGCAGCGCCGACGGCGGCUUGAGUAAGCACAUCAGGGACAGCAAUGGCGGGUCAUCGGAGGCAGGUGAGGACUCGCUGAGUGAUAGUGUCCACUCGCGCUACUUUUCAAGCCAAGCUGCCUUGUCAGGUUCAUUGUGUGGGCCUCGCGAGGGGUCUCAGCAACCUAACGCUCUCCCUGAACCGCCAGGUGGCACAAUAUCGUCUUUUUCAGAGGAGACCAACCGCUCCAGAGUGGCGUUGGUGCCUGUGGUCCUCCACACCUCGAAUCCCGCUGCGGCUGCUAGCAGGGCAAGUGUGACGUCUAGACACGUGCAACCUUUUUCUUUGGAGCUGCAGAAGGUUUUGUGCGUAUCGUGCAUGCAGCCUAUCUCAGCCGUCAGCACAACGCGAACGUUCUUGCGUGUUGAGGCUUUUGAGGGCCCCAGCCACCCCUGGGUGGACAGCCCGCGAGUGUCACAGCCCCAAUCCUGUGACGCCCAAGGCGGCUUAGAUACAACAAGUGGGGUUUAUCUAGAAGGGGGAAACACCAGAGAGGCUCCGGGCUCUCCUGCUUUCACGUAUCCACCAGAGCCGGCAGAAGAAGGCCAGGCACAGUCUGUACCACCUGGCGGUCUGGUUGAUCGAGGCGUCUGCAGUAACUGCAGGUUGGACUGUGGGGAAAUGUUGAUGGCCUUAAAAAUGUUGCACGCAGCAGGGGAGCCCCAGUGGCGACUUGAGGAGGAAGUGGCGCGUCUUGCCCCCAGCGUGAGUUUUCGCGCGUGGCCAUCACUCAUUCGAAAGCUUGCCCGCCACCUCACGGCAAGCUAUGCCUGGGAGGCAGACCACAAAAACCCCGUGAGGGAGGGAGGAGGCCUGGCAACAGCGGAUUCUGUUCAGACGCUUUGCAAGUGA